AUGCUUUCUCUCCCGAUCCUUGUCUAUUUAUCUACCAUCACGAGUGCCUAUGCUGCAAUAGGCCCAACUGCAAACGUGCACAUUGCCAACAAGAUUAUUUCGCCUGACGGCUUUAACCGCUCUGCUGUUUUAGCUGGUACCAACGCGAGCUCCAUCGCCUUUCCAGGCCCAGUAAUUAUGGGGUUCAAGGGUGAUAUGUUCCAACUCAAUGUAAUCGACGCCUUAACCAACACGACGAUGCUAAGGAGCACGUCUAUUCAUUGGCACGGCUUCUUCCAGAGAGGCAGCAGCUGGGCCGAUGGUCCAGUCGGGGUGACCCAGUGCCCUAUUUCUCCGGGGAACUCGUUCGUGUAUCAAUUCUCUUCUGCAGACCAAGCAGGCACGUUCUGGUACCACUCCCAUCAUUCCACGCAAUAUUGUGACGGCCUCCAAGGAGCGAUGGUUGUCUACGACCGUCAGGACCCUCACAGAAACAGAUACGAGUUCGACGAUGAGAGCACUAUCAUUACUCUCGCCGACUGGUACCAUGUCAUCGCCCCAUCUGCUGGACUCGUCCCCACCCCCGACGCCACUUUGAUUAAUGGGAUUGGACGUUACGCCGGUGGUCCCACUGUACCUCUCGCGGUCAUCCGAGUCUUGCCCAAUAGGCGCUACCGCUUCCGACUGGUAUCUAUCUCCUGCGAUCCUAACUACACGUUCUCCAUCGACGGACACAACAUGACGAUUAUCGAAGUCGAAACUGUAAACACAACCCCACUCGAGGUCGACUUGAUCCAGAUAUUCGCCGGACAGCGCUAUUCUUUCGUCCUGAACACCAAUCAACCCGUGUCCAACUAUUGGAUCCGCGCGGAACCAAACGUCGGCACCCAAGGUUUCGCCGGCGGGAUCAAUUCUGCCAUUUUGAGAUAUUGGGGCGCACCAACCAUUGAUCCAAACACGACCUCGGCGCUUAGUAAUCCCCUUCGGGAGACAAAUUUAGUUCCGCUCUCAGGGGCUGCCGCACCUGGCACUCCCCAAGUGGGCGCGGCGGACGUGAACCUCAACCUCGACAUUUUGUUCAACGCGACUAACAACAGAUUCACGGUUAACAACGCCACAUUUGCUCCGCCGACCGUCCCUGUUCUCCUGCAGAUCAUGAACGGCACAAGGACAGCUGCGGAACUGCUUCCGAGGGGUUCUGUUUACGUUCUGCCGCCCAACAGAGUCGUCGAGCUCUCCCUUCCUGGCGGGUCUGUUGGAAGUCCGCACCCCAUACAUCUUCAUGGACACACCUUCGAUGUCGUCCGUAGCGUCGGAAGCUCGGCCUAUAAUUACGCCAACCCGAUUAAACGCGACGUGGUCAGCAUUGGCGGUGCAGGCGACAAUGUCACCAUUCGAUUCAGGACGGACAACCCGGGACCUUGGAUCAUGCACUGCCACAUUGACUGGCACUUCGAAAUCGGCCUCUCGGUAGUGUUUGCCGAAGACAUUGAUACGGUUAAUGUUUCUACUCCUCCUGCCGCCUGGAGCCAGCUUUGCCCUAACUACAACGCGACCAACGCUCCGUAA